AUGGCCCGCACCAAUCGCGUUUUUCUUCUAAGCGUUCUAGCGCUGGCAUCCGCGCGCAGAGUGUCUGGACAGGUUUCGUUCCACCAACUAUACAAACAAGGCGCUGUCGGGGCGCCGGAGCAGGUUAUUGCUGCACCCCUGCAGGUCGCGAAAGUGCCGGCUAAGGCCGGGCUCGAAGUCCCUCAUCCCACGCUCACGUGUCCUCCGGGAUUCGUUCUGAAUGGCCACAUGUGCCAGGGUCCCGAAUACGUGGAAGCCAUUUCAUCUUGUCGCAGGAAAGGAGAGGUCUUCCAGGACGGAACAUGCGUCCUGCUGGAAGAGCUGAAACCCUUUGCAAGAUGCCCUGAAGGCUCCCAGGGGGACGGCAAGAGGUGCUACGUGCCCCGGAUUGUACAGCCCGAGCCGUAUUGCCCUGACAACUUUGUGAUCUCGCCAGACGGGAAGGCUUGCAUCAAGGACAAUGUAACGAAACCUCAGCAGGUUUGCCCCGAUGGAUAUAUGCUCAAGAAGGGAGCUUGCUUCCGAGAAACGCGCUUUCCUGCUGUUCCAAGCUGCCCGGUAGGAUACCAGCUUGUAAUGGAGGGCAAACCGGCGUGUGUAGCGCUUGACCGAGUUCCCGUCGAGGCGACGUGCAAGGACAAGGGAUUUGUCCUGCAAGGUGGAAAUUGUGUCAAGGAGGCAACGCGGCCUCCUAUUGUACAAUGCCCUUCGAAGGAGUAUAAAGAAGAAAACGGCAUGUGCAUUCGGAGAGAAAUGGCACCCGCCACGGUGCACUGCCAACAGGGCGUUCCCGGCAAAAAGGGUUGUGUGGUGGUGACAGAAGCUCCUGCAACUCCGACAUGCAGAAAAGACUUCGUCCUCGAGAAAAAUAUCUGCAAGCGUAUCGAAAGCAGGCCUGCUGCGAUGAACUGUCCGCCUGGUCAUAAGAUGAAGGACGGCAUGUGCGCACUCGCAGAACUUCUCGAACCUCACUUUCAGUGCCCUGAGGGAACUGUAAUGAAAGACAAGCACUGUAUUCAGGCGAUUUUCGCGCCAGCGGAGGCCACGUGCGAAAAGGGCGCCGAACUUAUUAACGGCCAGUGCGUGCUGAUUGAGUCUCGUCCUCCUCGAAUGGACUGCCCUAGAGGUCAAUGCACAACUGAACUCAGGGCAUCCCCCGAGCCUGCGUGCCCCCCUGGUGCACAACUUGAAGGCAAGCACUGUCUGAUAUUCCACGUUGAGCCGGCGGAAACUGUGUGCAGGAAGGGAGGCAUUCCUCCGGGCCCCGACGGCUGCAGACGCGUCGACUCUGCAGAACCCGUUCUUGUGUGCCCCCCCGGUUGGAGGCUCUUCAGCGGGUCUUGUGUCAAGGAAGAAGACGGAGAAUACCAAAUGAUUUGCCCUCCCGGAAUGAUUCUGGCGGGAAAACCAUUAUACAGCCAGCAGCAGUGUGAGGGCGAGAGGCGCUUCAAACCCGAGCUUGUGUGCCCGAAAGGGUUCACAGUUGCAGAUGACGGCUCUUGUGUGCAAGUAGAAGUCCAGGAACCCGUGGCCACUUGCCCUCCUGGACAUUUCAUUUCCAAUGGAUUCUGUUUGGCCGCCCCUCCUCAGAAAAAACAUUUCGCCUGA